AUGGCCGAAGAGAAUGCUGAAUCGAGUUCGAGGCCAAAGAGGAGGCCAGCAAACCGACCUGAUUCCACUACCGCUAGGCGUACUAGAAUGCUCAGAAAGAUCAAAAUUGAAGAUGAUCACUUGAGGAAACUCGCUGAUGAGAUCAUGGCUGAGAAAAGACGUCUUUGCAUCAAACGAGAAGAGUUGGCUUUGGCGUUGCGCGAAAAGGAGCAAGCAGAAGGAAAUUGA